AUGGAUUCCAACUUUUUUUGCUGUAAUGCUUGUCGUGGGUCUUCAUUCUACAUGGCUCCAGAAAGAACAACAAACUACAACACCCAUAGAUUGGUCAACCGUAUGAUUGAUAUGACACAAUUUGAAACCAUCCCAAUGAAUGGCACUACUGUUACUGCGUCUAAUUGUAAAUAUUUGCCAACCUUACCUGGUGAUGUUUGGUCUUUGGGUGUUUUGUUUAUUAACAUUACUUGUUCAAGAAACCCAUGGCCAAUAGCCUCCUUUAAUGAAUCCAGCAACAAUGACAACGAUGUCUUUAGAAACUAUAUGUUAAACGGUAACAAGAAUAUCCUUUCUAGAAUCCUUCCAAUAUCUGCUCAAUUCAAUAGAUUAUUAGACAAGAUUUUCAGGUUAAAUCCAAAUGAUAGAAUUGAUUUACACACAUUAUACAAGGAAAUUAUCAGAUGUGAUUUCUUCAAAGAUGAUCAUCAUCACAAAAGCAAAAGUCAUCAACAACCUAGUACGAAUCAACAAUUGUACACACCUCCAGAAACCUCAGCAUAUAAUUCAUACGCUAGUGAUAUGGAUGAAGAUGAAAACGAAGAGGAUGAUGAUGAUUUAAGUGACGAUGAAUUCUUCAGUGAAGACGAAACUGGUGUAGAAGAAGAUGAAAAUUCUACUGUUGCUACUUCCACAACUGAUAGUUCUGUUAAAGGCACUUGUUAUUACGAUGUUAAAUCACAUACUACAUUUACUUCCAUCCCUAAUUAUGCCUUAGGUACACCAAAUAAUAGUAUAGUCUAUUAA